AGUGCCUCCUGUCUGCACAACAAAUUUGCUUUCUGGUUUUAAAGGAGACCUUGACCCUUGAUGCCCCCGAGCCCGCACCACUUCUCCAAGCUCCUGAGCAAAUCCGGAUUUCCUCACCCGUUGUUCGUAUUUCAAAGAGGGGGGCGGGGUCUCUGCUUUCCCAAAUGCUUCUCCUCCUGGUAUUUUAAUACCUACGCUCCAUCCUCCCACCGCCUCAUUCCACCAGUAAAACCCAGUAAAGGUCACGGAGCGAUCCCACGCCCUGAACGCAUUUUCACGUCCAAGCGCUCAUUCCUCACAUCACAGCGAGGACUUCUCUGAGCGUGAAGGUUUGGGAUACUCACCUUUCUGUACCCGGGACACUGUGGGACUUUUUGCUGGUCUACUGGGUUCCCGGUCUUACCUGUCCCACCCGCCGGCGCCUGGUGCGUCGUGUCCAGACAGCGGCGUCCCCAGAUGCUUCUGCUGCUCUCAGACAUCACACCAUCAGAACCAGCCACAACAGAAACCCAACGCUGGCCUGUCUGAUCCAGUCCCAGCUCCAGCAGAGUCCGGCUGUGAGUGACCCGUCUGCUAGAUCAGUAUCGUCAGGAUGAGGAUGAGACAGCUCGGAGCACUGUGUGGCCUCAUGCUGCUGACGCUGGCUGUCCUCGCUAGCGCCAGGCCAAAAGCAGGUUCUGAGCAGAAAUGUAAGUCUGGUCCAGUGGACCUGGUCUUCCUCAUCGACAGCUCCCGCAGCGUUCGGCCAUACGAGUUUGAGACCAUGAGGAAGUUCAUGAUCGACAUCCUCGACACCCUGGAUAUUGGGCCCAACACCACCAGGGUGGGAGUGGUCCAGUACUCCAGCCAGGUCCGCAGUGAGUUCUCUCUGAAGACCCACACUAGGCUGGACAGCAUGGUGAAAGGCAUCAAUCAGAUCAUCCCCCUGGCCCAGGGCACCAUGACCGGACUUGCCAUCAGAUACAUGAUGAAUGUAGCCUUCAGCGCCGAGGAGGGAGACAGGCCAAAGGUUCCCAACGUGGCUGUGAUCGUGACUGACGGACGCCCUCAGGACCGUGUGGCGGAGGUGGCAGCUGAAGCCAGACAGAAAGGCAUCGAGAUCUAUGCUGUGGGGGUGGCCAGAGCCGACAUGGCAUCACUCAGGGCCAUGGCAUCCCUGCCCUUCGAAGACCAUGUCUUCCUGGUGGAGUCGUUUGAUCUCAUCCAACAGUUUGGACAGCAGUUCCAGGACAAGCUCUGUGGUGCGGACCUGUGUCUGGAGUCGGAUCAUGGCUGUGAGCACAUCUGCGAGAGCUCUCCAGGCUCCUACCACUGCCUCUGUCUGCCUGGAUACACUCUGAACGACAACGGGAAAACAUGUGCAGCUGUAGAUCUGUGCGCUGGGCGGAAACACGACUGUGAACAAAUCUGCGUCAGCUCUCCUGGUUCCUUCACCUGUGACUGCAACAAGGGAUACAAGCUGAAUGACGAUAAGACGACCUGCUCAAUGAUCGACUACUGUUCAUUUGGAAACCACACCUGUGAUCACGAGUGUGUGAGUGUGCUCGGUGGCUUCCUCUGCCGCUGUGACGAGGGAUACAGGCUGCUGGGCGAUGGCACGACCUGCCGAGCCAUUGACCUGUGCGCUGAGGGGAAACAUGACUGUGAACAGAUCUGCAUCAGCGCGCCAGGCGUCUUCACCUGCGACUGCCACAAAGGAUACACACUCAACGAGGAUGAGAAGACCUGCACAGCCAUUGACCUGUGCGCUGAAGGAAAACAUGACUGUGAACAGAUCUGCAUCAGUGCACCAGGCGUCUUCACCUGCGACUGCAACAAAGGCUUCAAACUCAACAGGGACAAGAGGACGUGCACAAACAUGGAUCUGUGCAACACAGUGGAGCACGGCUGUGAGCACCAGUGUGUCAGCACUCCUGGAUCUUACUACUGUAUCUGCCCUGAGGGACAACUGCUGCAGGAGGACGGAAAGAGCUGCGGCACCUCUCUCUCUCCUUCAGCCUGCAAGUCUGCCAACAUCGACCUGGUGCUUCUGAUCGACGGCUCCAAGAGUGUCCGCCCUCAGAACUUUGAGCUGGUCAAACAGUUUGUCAACCAGGUAGUGGACUCUCUGGACGUGUCUGCUCAUGGGACCAGAGUCGGUCUGGUCCAGUACUCCAGCCGGGUCAGGACUGAGUUUCCUCUCAACAUGUACCACAGUGCUGAUGAGAUCAAAGCUGCAGUGAUGAAGGUUGUAUACAUGGAGAAAGGUACAAUGACAGGCCUGGCACUAAAACACAUGUUGGAGCACAGUUUUUCAGAGGCAGAGGGCGCGCGUCCUCCCAGCCGCAAUAUCCCCCGAGUAGGACUGGUCUUCACAGAUGGACGGUCGCAGGACGGCAUCACAGAGUACACCAAGAAGGCCAAAGAAGCUGGUAUCACCAUGUACGCUGUUGGUGUGGGAAAAGCUGUGGAAGACGAGCUUCGUGAAAUAGCAUCUGAGCCUGUGGAGAAACAUUUCUAUUACACCACGGACUUCAGUGCCAUCAGCACCAUCGCUGAGAACCUCAAAAUCAACGUCUGCCCAGAGGAGAGUCAGGGGGAGAUUGAGGUGAAGGACCCAUGUGCCUGUGAGAGUCUGGUGGAGUUCCAACAGGCCACCAUGAGCAGCCUGGAUCAGUUCACACAGAAACUGGCUGGGAUCACUGCUCGUCUGGAGCAGCUGGAGAACCAGCUUCUGUCCAGGAAGUGAUCUGACCACAUCACAGAAGAAGAGUCACAGAAGGAGGAGACAUGAGAAAGGUCCUUAACAGAGGAAACCAGAAAACCGACAAACCAAAGUGUGUUUUCACAGAGGCUGGGUAGUCGCUGUUAGCUCUGUCGCUAUUCAUCUGAAAGCUUGUGACAGAAUCAUAUUUCUGGUACGGAUGUAAAUGAUGUGAUUUGUACACAUUAGGUUUUAAAAAGUAAAAACAAAGAACUCCACCACAUCGAUUUUCACGGCCACACACAUUCAGUUCUCCUAGUGCCCUAUUUAUACUUGAUCUGUUUGUACGGUUUAUUAAAAUGAUGUAUUUAUAGAAGUUUUUGUUUAAAUCAGCAGUAGAACAGAAAACAUGAUAAAAGAUGAAGUGUUAUUUACCACUGUCAAUGUUAAACUGGUUUGGGUCAUUUUCAUGCACAUCACUGGUUUUCCCAAAGAAGCUACAGCAGCUUUAAACCACAGGCCUGACUGGAGGUGCAGUGGUGAGAACUGUGGAAGAGGAAACUGGGCCAGAAGUUCAACAUAAAGGGGAGUUACAGGUACACAGUGUCACUACUGACUCAAGCUGCGGUCUGCUGGUGAUAGAGGCCAUGACACCGUAGGAGUCGGUAGUAUUUUACUCUGAAUACAUGUGCCCUUAUUUUCAUAAACAAGAAUGUGUACUUUCUACAUUUUGCCUUACAAAGACCUUAACAUGUCAGUGUAUUAGUUUAGUCUUUAGACCUGCAGCAGGUUCUAUACACAGCAGGUCUAAAACCCUCCAAUAUUCAACUUCACAUUUGUGACAGUUACGACCAUCGUGGCUGUAGACGCGUUGCCUACUGGGGCUUUCAACACAUGCUAAUAGGGAAACGAGAGAAAAGCAUUGUCUGACCACAAAAUAUUCAGCUACAGUAAUUGAAAUGAACCUCAUGUAACCUCUGUUCAUGGCUGUAUCAUGAGCUCCGAGAAGCUUCACAGGACACUGUGAA